AUGAUGCCUCGCCGUCCCUCCCGCGGAGUCUCAGGCUCCUGCGGGUCCCGCACCUCGCGGCUGCUGUCUCUGCUGCUCGCGGCGGCAUUGCUGCCGGCGAGCUUCUCGCCGCUCGGCGCGGAGGCGCAAGUCGUGGGUCUGGAUCUCGGCUCGGAGUUUGUGAAGGUCGCGCUGGUGGCUGCGGGUCGCCCGAUUGAAAUUUUGCUUAACACCUCGAGCAAGCGGAAGACGAGCAACGCCGUCUCCUUCGCGGACGCCGAGAAGCGCGAGUUGGGCGACGAGGGCGCGGCGCAGGCGUCGAAGAAGCCCGACCAAGUGUUUUUGCACUCCAACUUGCUCCUGGGUCUCAACGCGACGGACUACGGCCUCGCGGACGUCACCACGACGACUGAGGACGCGUCGCGAUUCGUGCCGUUGCACCUGAAGGGCGACGUGCUCCCGAGCGGCUUUCCGCACGCUUACUACCCGUACCGGCUGUACAUGGACCGCCAGCGCCACAGCCUGGCUGUUCUCGCGCGCGACGGGCUGUACUUGCCUGCGGAGUUGGUCACGGCGAACAUGCUCGCGUUUGUGAAAACUCUCGCGACGCAGGCGGCGGGCGUGAGCGCCGAUACGUCGAUUGGCUGCGUCAUCUCGAUUCCCUGCCGCUACACGCAGCGACAGCGCCAGGCGCUGCGCGACGCAGUGGAGAUUGCAGGCAUGAACCCGAUUGCCUUCAACCACCACUCCGUCACCGCGGCAGUGCAGCACGGGCUGGACUUGCCGACCAACACGACGGCGACCAAGCUGUUUUACGACGUGGGCAGCUCGGGCGUCGACGUGGGCGUCGUCGAGUUCUCCCCCGUUGUCUUGCCCUCGAAGAAGGAGGUCCUGCAAGUGAGGCUGCUGGCGUGCGAGAGCGUCAAGGGCGCGGGCGGGCACCACUUGGACUUGGCGAUCGCCGAGAAGAUGCGCGAGGCGUUCGAGAAGCGGCAUCCGAGCCAGACGCUCGAGAACGUCCCGCGGGCGCUGAAGAAGCUCGUGAAGCAGGCCGUGAUGAGCAAGCACGUGUUGAGCGCCAACAAGCAGACACAUUUUCGCGUCGAGGGGCUCCACAACGACGUGGACUUCCACGAGCCGAUGGAGCGCGCGCACGUCGAGCAGAUGCUGCAGGAGCGCGGAAUGCUUGAGAAACUCAAGUCCUCGCUGGACGCGACCCUCGCCCAAGCGGGAAUGAGCAUGGAAAACAUCGACCAAGUCGAGCUCCUCGGGGGCGGCUGGCGCGUGCCUCGUGUCCAGCAGGAAGUCAGCGCACUCGUCGGCGGCAAGGAGGUCGGCACCCACCUGAACGGCGACGAAGCGAUGGCGACCGGCUCGGCGUUCAUCGCGGCAAACAGCACUGUCACUUUCCGCGUCAAGCAGAUGCUUCUCAGCGACAUCUCGCCGUUCGAGUACAUGCUGAAGAUCGCGGCCGUCGCGGAGGAAGACGACGAGGAGACCGGCGUGAAGAAGGGUGAGAAGGUGGAGAAAAACAAGGUCCUGAUUGCCCGCAACACACGCCUCGCCCAGGGCAGUCGCACUGUGUCUCUGCGGACAGCCCACGACUUUGCCGUCGAGAUCAUGGAGGACGAAAAGGUUCUCAUGAAGCUCGAAGUCAUGGGCGUCGCGGACGCGGCGAAGAAGCUCGAGGAAGAGGCUGAGAAGCUUCGGGCAGAGAAGCAGAAGGAUCUCGUCGCCGCGGGCCUCGCCGGCGAGGAAGAGGAGCCGCCGAGCCUGCUGCCGAAAGCCAACAUGGUUUUUAGAGUCGACGGAACCGGCGUGCUAGCCUUCGACCGCGCGUUCCUGACCCAGGACUAUCACAUCUUCGUGCCCGUUACUACCACGACGACGCGCUCAACGACGACCAAGUCCUCGGCUUCUGAGGCGGAGACGACGACGACGACUACCGCGGCACCUCCUCAGCCGAAAGUGAAGCGCGUCACCAAGCAGGUGACCGACGCCCUAAAGUGGAGAGAAACCUUGCAGCUCCCACUGCCUCUGACUGCCGAGGAGAAGAAGGAGCUGCGGAAGCAGCUCCAGGCGUUCGAAGCUGCCGACCUGCGUGUGCAGCGCCUCGCCGAGGCCAUGGAUCGCUUGGAGUCGUCGAUCUACGCCGCGCGUGGCCUUCUCGAGGAGGAAGCGAUCGCCCGCGUGAGUUUGCCUGAAGUGCGCGAAAACCUGCGCAAGACCUUGGAGGAAGACGAGGAGUGGAUCUACGACAGCGCCAAGGCGGAGGGCAUCGACGCCGUGAAGAAGCGGCUGACGGCGCUGCAGGACAUUGUCGAGCCGAUGAAGAAGCGCGCGGAGGAGCUCGAGGCGCGCCCGAAGGCCGUCGAGAAGAUGCAGCAGGCCCUGUCUGACGCCAAGUCGCGUCUGGAGCAAAUCGAGACUCGGCGCAAGUGGGUGCCUCAAGAAAAGAUUCAGCAGGCGCUCGCCUUCCGCGACGAAGUCGCUGCUUGGUGGAAAGAGAAACUCGACGCGCAGCAGGCGAAGGCUGACACGGAAGACCCUGUGUUCACCAAGGCGGAAGUCCUCGCAAAGGUGAAGGAAGUCGGCGCUGCAAUCAAGGCACUGGAAAACAUCCCGCGCCCAACUACCACUACAACGACCGCGAAGCCCCAGGAGGGCGAAAAGGCCGAGGAGAAGAAGGAAGGAGAGGCAGGAGAAGAAAAGAAGGAAGGAGAGGCAGGAGACGAAAAGAAGGAAGGAGAGGCAGGAGACGAAAAGAAGGAAGGAGAGGCAGGAGACGAAAAGAAGGAAGGAGAGGCAGGAGACGAAAAGAAGGAAGGAGAGGCAGGAGGAGAGGCAGGAGACGAAAAGAAGGAAGGAGAGGCAGGAGAAGAAAAGAAGGAAGGAGAGGCAGGAGAAGAAAAGGAGGAAAGGGAAGAAGAGAAGUCUUCUGAGAGUCAGCAUAGCAGAGAGGAGCUGUAA